AUUAACCAAUUGUAUUUGUUUUUCGCUUCUCUUCUUCCGCCGAUAAAACCGAAAAACAAACACAAAAACUUUGCACAAUUCACUUGCGUCAGAUUCACGAUGAUGAUGAUCGCCGACACCGUCACAUUCACCGCCGCAAAAAGUCUCAGCAUCCUCCGUAGCUAUCAAUUUUCAAUCGCCGAUUCAUCCACCGAUCAGAUCUCAGCUAUGAUUCACCCUUGCGAUACCGUGGCACCACCGCCAGUGAAACCUAGUACACAUAGGAUGCCACGACGGACAAUUACUCGGAGAAGACGGAGAACUAGACGGAAGUUGUCCGGCGAUGAUUCUGGAGGUGAUGGAUUGUUCUUCGGUGAUGGCGGUGACGGUGUUUUUGGAGGUGGAAGUGGAGGUUUUGGUGGUGGCGGAGGUAGUGGUGAUUGGAAUUUCAAUAGAUUUGGAGAAGGAGAUAAUUGGGAUGAAAGUUCUUUGCCGGAUCCUGCGUUUGAUUUCGUUUAUAAGGCGUUGUCGUGUAUUAUGCUUUUGCAUUGUGUGGAUUUUGCGUAUAAGAAGAUUGUUAGAAUUAUUGCGGGUGAAUCAAUUGUUGAUUCUGAUAGGGAAAAGGUUCCUACAAGAUUGGCUCCAAUUUGCUGAUUUGGUUGGUACUUUCUCUGAUCCAUUCAUCACACUUCAAAUCCACAUAUCAAUGUUUGUUGGAUUGUCAUUGUAGGAUUGUUUUUUAUUUUAUUUAAAUUGGGCAAUUACUGUAAAUAUUGUACAUAAUUAUCAUCCAAUAAAUUAAUAUCUUAUGGUUGCAUUA